AGCGUGUCCACCACGCCCUAUACCAACUUCCAGAUAAUAACACGGAUAAGGACCUGGCCCAGGUACCGGAGGAUUACGGCCGAUCCAACAAUACAAAGAAGCUGAAACUUCAACUGAAAGAGCGUUGGGCUUAGUAGGUUCUGCCAAAUCAAAGCAAAGAAGCCGUCCGCCGAUCUAAAAUAGGAGGAUGCAGAGGACGCACUGCAUAAGACAUCUCCAAAUAACAUGCAUCGAUUUCUUAAUUAGUGUCUGAAGCUGGAGUAUAGUCCCGAUGAUCACCGUCAGAAAGGCUAUACAAAGGCUAGCGCCCUGGAGGCGGAUUGGAAAUACUUUCAAAUUUACUACACACGGGUUACUAAACAUAAGAUGAGCAAAGAGAUGGAUGAGGCAGUUCGCACGGGCAUAAGGCACUUGAUCAACAAGCGUGGCCUUAACAAACAACUGCGGGCAAGUGCCCCAGUAUACAUCAAAGAUAUGGUCCCAUUCAACGAGACAAUCCUUCAAACCCGGGAAAAGCGAUUCCACCUGGGGUUUCAGCGGAUUAUUCUGUGUCUAUACAAUACUAUUAGGCUAUUUACUGUCAACCGGAAGCAGGCAAUACUUUAUCUUCAGUUCAAGCAUUUACAAUUAUCACUCCAGCAAGAUCCGCGCGGAGGACCUCCGGUGCCAAUAAUAGAACUUGAGCCCUAG